GUAAAGCAGUACACGCACGGAGGCAUGUUGACGUUUAAGUUGGAGGUUAUUGAAUUCUGCGUGGUUACGGGAGCUUAUUAUCAUUGAGUUAAUCAAACUCAUCCAACGAAAUCAACAAGCAGCUUGAUGCCUGCGUCUUUUCCAUAUUUUAUUAAUUUAGCAUCUUUAGUUUGAAAACGUCUACACUUUCUCUUGGCUAACUAGCUGAGUAGCUAACCAGUAAUUUAAGAUGUGCAGGACUCGCAUGAUUUCUGGAAAUAAAAAAACCUAAAUGGUGGUUUUACGUUCAGUGUUCGACAUCACAUGUAUAUCUACGAGUUGGUACAUUAGACUGUAUGACUAAGUAGAUUAAUUAGCGAGCCAGUUGGAGCAAUGGAUCCAUUGAAUACUCUCUCGAAUUUCGAAUCAGAGAUGGAACCUGAUAGUCAGAGCAGUUAUUCAUUAUUCCCUGCCCUGGACAGUAUGACUGGUUUAGUGGGGACUUCUGACACUCUCGAAACGGAACAAACCAGUGAUGUUGUUGACAAACCUAACCUUACCUGGCUGGAUGCUGCACAGAUCGUGCUUGAAGAAGCUGGACGUCCAAUGCACAUCAAAGAGAUAAAACAAAGAAUCAUUGACCGGGGACUCGUACAGUCUAAUGCAAAAUCAAGCUUGGAAGCAGUAAUGUAUCGAGAGACUCAGAAAGGGAGCAGGCGCUUCAAGAGGAUUGAGAACAGGAAUGGAGUCUUUGCGCUGUUGACAGAUGAGGAGCGGCAGCAGGCGCUGCAGGUAACCUUCUCCAGCACAGGCUCUGGGGGGCCCUUACUGCCCUCCCCCCCAUCGGGGGCCUCAGAGGUUCGACCUAAGGCCAAGAAGAACCCUCGCAAGAACCAGAACGAGAAGUAUCGGCUCAAGUACCUGAGACUCCGUAGGGCUGCACGCGCCAUGAUCUUUGAGAAUGCAGCUCUGUGUGAUGAGGUCGCACAUCUGGAGGAGAAGUUUGUACGUGCCAAAGAGGAGCGGAGGUUUCUUUUGAAGACACUGCUGCAAUACCAGUCAGUGUCGGACAGCGACUUUACCAGUGGGCCAAGUGGAAGCGGGCAUGUCCCAGCAGGCUUUGCCUCCAGCGGGGCCUCCGGGUGCCAAGGCCUGGGGCCCGGGGCCUCCUCUGCUGAGGAGGGCACCCCGAAAAGGCCCAAGAAGGAGCGCAAGGAGAGAGGGAGGGAGAACGGAAGAGAGGAAGUUCCCAGGAAGAUAUCUAAGAAGCGAAAGGUCGCAGAGGGAGGGGUGCGGAGGCUGGUCCAGCCAAUCCCAUUGGACUCCACUGGACGGCCUGUGUUUCCCAUCGUGCUAGGUGGCCUGACCGUCUACAGCCUUGGGGAGAUCAUCACAGACCGCGUUCACUUUCAUGACGAUAGUGCUAUCUAUCCUGUGGGCUUCUGCAGUACGCGGGUGUUUGCCAGCAUGAAAAGUCCAGACCAGCAGUGUUUGUAUACAUGCCAGAUCAAAGAUGGAGUUACUGGCCCUCAGUUUGAGAUAGUUCCAGAAGAUGACCCCCAGAAUGCCAUAGUGGCCUCGUCAGCGCUCGCGUGUCACACCAACCUGCUGAAAGCAAUCACGGCCAUCAGGGGUAAGCCACUGGUCCCUAUAGUGCCAUCUGGAGCAGACUUCUUUGGCUUUUCACACCCAACCAUCCAGAAUCUCGUUCAGAGUUGCCCUGGAGCACGCAAGUGUAGCAACUACCGUUGGGUUCGGUUUGAGGUGUGUCGUCUGGGUGACGGGCAGGUACCACACACACUCUCGGAGGACGACGCGUCUGUGAACUUUGAGGCGUUUCAGCGGCAGCAGCAAGGCUUCAGUGGCGGCACAUCGCCAGAGCGACCGGCCAGUGCCAUCUCUGGUCGGCCCCCACAGGCCCCUGGCGCUUCCCAUCAUCAUCUCCUGAGUACUGGAGCUUUGCCACCAGCGGCCUCCUCCUCACAGUUUGGGACGUAACAUGAUCCGUCACCUACUCAAGCAAGCAGGCACCAGGGCCAUGGCCAGCUUGUGUAGGAAGGACCAGUCAGUCAUCCUCUUUCAGAACAGCCUCUUAUUAUUUUUGGAAUGACAAGUUUUGUGUGUGUGUGCGUGUGUGUGUGUGUCCCUCUGUGAAGGCUCUUUGGUUUUCUUUGAUUUAUUACUGGUGACGCAUAAACAGGAUAAAUCUCCAAAUUAACUAUGAAGCCCCCUUCCACCACCUGGCAUUCUGGUCUUUGUCUUUAUAAGGACUUCCUGGGGAAAUAACUUUGAAGAUAUCAGCAGAUUCCAUCACUCAUCACAUGACCACAUGGCCAUUCCAACCACUACAGAGAGUCUCAAGUGAAAAUUUCCCGACACACCACCCAACCUUCCUUUAUCACUGCCAGGAGCACCCACCCACGCACACAUUCCUUCCAUUAGGACAUUUUUCUGAUUACUGCAUGGAACUGUUUUCUAUUUCUAGGUGGGGAAUGAAUAAACAAAAAAAGAGAAACACCACCCACUACAGGAACCCACCCACUAGCCACCACCCUCCUGUAACCAAUUAUCUCUUUAAACACAAAUUAUUUACAUGUUUAACCGCAGAAUGCUCUCUGAAGAGUAGAAAACUGACCGUAACAGAAUUUUAGGAAUCUGGAUCUUUGGUGGCAUAAAAUCAAUGGUCUCACCUUCUGGCUCUGAGUGUAUGUGUAAAUGUUUACAUUAACAAAAACAUGCCAAGGACCACAUGUCUUCAGUCAUCAAAUUGUGUCAGCAACAACAUUUCAUAAAGGUAAAUAAAUGCUGAGAUGCACAACCCUCAGCACAACUCCCA